AUGGCAGCCCUGGCAGCCAGAGUAUCCAAGCAACGUGCAGCUGCAGAAGGCCUUGGCUCCAACCAGAAUGCUGUGAAGUACUUGGGCCAGGACUUUGAGACUCUGAGGAAGCAGUGCUUGGACUCAGGUGUCUUAUUUAAAGACCCAGAGUUCCCAGCAUGCCCAUCAGCUUUGGGCUACAAGGAUCUCGGACCAGGCUCCCCCCAAACUCAAGGCAUCGUCUGGAAGCGACCCACGGAAUUGUGCCCCAACCCCCAGUUUAUUGUUGGUGGAGCCACACGGACAGACAUCCACCAAGGUGGUCUAGGUGACUGCUGGCUUCUGGCAGCCAUUGCCUCCCUCACCUUGAAUGAAAAGCUGCUUUACCGAGUGGUUCCUAGAGACCAGAGCUUCCAGAAGAACUAUGCAGGCAUCUUCCAUUUUCAGUUCUGGCAGUACGGAGAAUGGGUGGAGGUGGUGAUUGAUGACAGGCUGCCCACCAAGGAUGGACAGCUCCUCUUCCUACACUCAGAAGAAGGCAAUGAAUUUUGGAGUGCUCUGCUGGAGAAAGCCUAUGCCAAACUCAAUGGUUCCUAUGAGGCUCUCACUGGCGGCUCCACAAUUGAGGGAUUUGAGGAUUUCACGGGUGGCAUCUCUGAAUUUUAUGACCUGAAGAAGUCACCAGCAAAUCUAUACCACAUUAUCCGGAAAGCCCUCCGUGCAGGGUCUCUGCUUGGCUGCUCCAUUGAUGUCUCCAGUGCAGCUGAAACAGAAGCCAUCACCAGACAGAACCUGGUUAAGAGUCAUGCGUACUCUGUCACUGGAGUGGAAGAGGUGGAUUUCCGAGGCUGUCCAGAGAAGCUGAUCAGACUCAGGAACCCAUGGGGUGAAGUGGAGUGGUCGGGAGCCUGGAGUGAUGAUGCCCCUGAAUGGAAUUACAUAGACCCCAGGAAGAAGGAAGAGCUGGACAAGAAAGCAGAGGAUGGGGAGUUCUGGAUGUCCUUUUCAGAUUUCUUGAAGCAGUUCUCUCGUCUGGAGAUAUGCAACCUGUCUCCAGACUCUCUGAGCAGUGAGGAACUGCACAAAUGGAACCUGGUGCUGUUCAACGGCCGCUGGACCCGGGGCUCCACCGCUGGGGGAUGCCAGAACUACCCAGCCACUUACUGGACCAAUCCCCAGUUCAAAAUCCACUUGGAUGAAGUGGAUGAGGACCAGGAGGAGGGCAUCGCUGAACCCCGCUGUACAGUGCUGGUGGGUCUGAUGCAGAAGAAUCGAAGACGACAGAAAAGGAUCGGCCAGGGCAUGCUUAGCAUUGGCUAUGCCGUAUACCAGAUUCCCAAGGAGCUGGAGAGUCACACGGACACACACCUGGGCCGGGACUUCUUCCUGGGCCACCAGCCCUCGGCCUGCUCUAGCACCUACAUGAACCUACGGGAAGUGUCCAGCCGGGUCCGGCUCCCCCCAGGACAGUACCUGGUGGUGCCCUCCACCUUUGAGCCCUUCAGAGAUGGUGAUUUCUGCUUGAGGGUGUUCUCAGAGAAGAAGGCCAAGGCUCUGGAAAUUGGAGAUGCUGUAGCUGGAAACCCGCAUGAGCCACAACUCUGUGAGGCGAAUCAAGAAGACAAGCAUUUCCAGAGCCUGCUUGAGGGGUUUGCAGGCAAGGAUUCUGAGAUUGGUGCCAAUGAGCUCAAGAUGAUUUUGAAUGGGGUGUUUUCUAAACGAACAGACGUAAAAUUUGAAGGAUUCAACAUCAACACUUGCAGAGAAAUGAUCAGCCUGUUGGAUAGCAAUGGAACUGGCACCUUGGGACCACUGGAGUUCAAGACACUCUGGUUGAAGAUUGGGAAGUACCUGGAGAUCUAUCAGGAAAUGGAUUACAAUCACGUAGGGACCAUUGAUGCCCACGAGAUGAGAACAGCCCUCAAGAAGGCAGGUUUUACCCUCAACAACGAGCUGCAGCAGACCAUUGCUAUGCGGUAUGCCUGCAGCAAGCUCGGCAUUGACUUUGACGGCUUUGUGGCUUGUAUGAUCCGCCUGGAGACCCUCUUCAAGCUGUUCAGGCUUUUGGAUAAAGACGGGAAUGGCAUUGUCCAGCUCUCUCUGGCUGAGUGGCUGUGCUGUGUGUUGGUCUGACCUGAUGUUCUGGAAGUCAACAACCUCCCUGUCCCCCACUUGUCGCUUGUAUCCCUUUCUUUACAAUCUUAUGAACAUGGGUCCUCAAGUGAAAAUUUCUGGAUGUUCCUAUUGUUGCAGUCGAUCUUUGUUCCUGCAAAGCUGGCCAGUCCCACCAGAGCAGUCUGGGGAGCUCCAGGUCUCUCAGCAGCACACAGCUAUGAACUAUUUGAGCGGAUCCCAGGGCCCAGUGGAAGGAAAGCAAUCAAUUAAAUUUGUAUGUCAGGAUAGUUUCUGCAUUUUUCUGGCGCUAUGAAAUGGUCAGCGGAGCACCCUCA